GUUUCGAUUUCGUUCUCGGUUUAUCGUUAUGUGGUGCUUUCAUGAGUCAAAAUAUGUCGUAAGUUGUUCUGUCAAUGUCAAGUUGACAUUUUCAGAGUGCCAAAGUUCCAAGACCAAGAUCCUUGUAGAACUUGAUGUUCCUAUACUGAAACCUUGUAAACUUGUAAUUUUUAUCCAAUCUUUUGUAUCAAUACGGUUCAGUCGUCUUCGUAUCUUAAAGCAAAUUUUAUUUCCAUUUAUUUACAUAGCUUAUUUUGCUCAAUAAUUUAUUAUCGAUAAAUAUGUCGUGGGUUAAAGAAAAUUGUGUUUCAUUUUUUCAACUUUUCUGUAUUAAAGUCGUUAAAAGCGGUAGAAUUCCACAACAUUUAGCUUUUAUUAUGGAUGGAAACCGUCGAUUUGCUAAAAAGAAUAGCGUUCAAAGUAGCGUUGGGCAUCAUAAAGGCUUUGAUAAACUUUCAGAAACAUUAAAGUGGUGCCUUGAUUUGGGUGUUCCUGAAGUUACAGUGUAUGCAUUUAGUAUAGAAAAUUUUAAAAGAAGUGAAGAAGAGGUUGCAGCACUUAUGGACUUGGCUCGGGAUAAAUUUAAACGACUUUUGGAUGAAAUUGAAUUGAUAAAUGAAUGGGGUGUUCGGAUACAUGUAGCAGGCCGUUUGUCUAUGCUCCCAGAAGACUUACGGUCCCUUGUUGCUAAAGCAAUGCUAGCCACAAAGAACAAUAAUAUAUUGCAGUUAAAUAUUGCCUAUGCAUAUACAGGUCGAGACGAAAUUAGUCGAGGGGCAUCGCAUAUUAUCGAUGGCAUUCAAAAUAAAGACUUGUCGCCUGAGGAUAUAGAUGAGGAUCUUUUGUCACAAACUCUCGAUUUGGGAGAAGCUGAACUGUUAGUAAGAACAUCUGGUGAAGUAAGAUUGUCUGACUUUAUGUUGUGGCAGGUUUCCAGGACAGUAUUGUAUUUUACUGAUGUUCUUUGGCCAGAGUUCUCUAUUUGGAAUCUCUUGGCCGCCAUCAUUCACUUCCAAAGGAAUGCUCCUCCUGUCUUACCAGAAUUGGAAAACACAAAGAGUAAACAGAAGUUUUUAGAUAAGCUAGAAAAUAAAUGGUGGCAAGAACUCGAAAGCUAUGUUAUUUGUUGAAUUACUUAGGAUUUAAUAAAAAUAGAAUAUAUAUUUAGUAUUAUGGACUGUAAAACAAGGUUAAUUUACCUUCAAACUUAUAUAUAUUAGGAGUUUUGUAUAGAGAAGCAAAGUAAUUAUAAAUCAACAUAAAGUAGUUUUAUACUGUACAUACAUUUAUUAAGCAGCUACUUAAACUGCGGCAUACGAUUUUUAUUUUCAUAUUGAGUAUAUUAAUGAGGUAUGUCAGAACUAUUAGAGAUAUUUACAGAUUUGAAAAAUAAAUACCAAUUGUGACUUAAAUA